AUGUCUAUCCACGAUAUCUGGUUUCCGUAAUUUGAAAAAUUGUAUCUAGAUCUCGAUCUAUGGCUUCUGCGAAGGACGUGGGGUCAGUCUGCUUGUAUAUAUUGCCACAACCGACUGAGUAACUGAAAAAUCUGAGCUUUUCGGCGUGCUAGGUCGGCGUGUUAGUUAGACAAUUUGAGUGGGAUGAGUGGAGGUCGUCGUUCAUCGGCGGGGAUAGGUUUCGGUGACCGAGGCAGUCUAUCGGCGACGAAAUUUAACUUUUGAUCCUGAGGACGCGAGCUCUUAUCCUCUAUCUCCAUCACGUCGGCGUCUGCGCUUUCCUGCCAAUCCUCUGAUCAAUGUCGGCGAUAGAGAAGCUGUUCAUUCAAAUCUUCGAGAAGAAGAAGCGAAUAAUCGAUCAGGCCCAUCGUCAGUGUCAUCUAUUCGACCAGCACCUUGUGUCUAAACUCCUUAUCGACGGAAUUGUCCCUCCUCCAUGGCUGUCCAACCCUAUGCUUACCUCCCUUACCUCAGAUCCCAAAGAUUUAAAUGAAGAUGAUCUUAUAUUUGGAGCGCUAUUAUCAAGAGCACAGUCUACAAAUCCUAUCUCUGAUCGUGGUUGGAAUCGGCAGGGCAACGUGGUUGCUACAACUGAUGAUGGUCAGUCUCAAAGUUGUUUACAUAAUGAAUUCCAUGCUGUAAAUAGAGAUAUCGGCGCAGGAGAUGGAUUUUCAAAUUUGCCAGAUUGCUCUGUCAAUAAUGUUGGACGUUCCUCAUUUAGUGCCCCAGAAAUGGAUUCUACAGCUAUAUCUCCUCAAAUUCAGAUGGAAUCAAGAAUCUCACACAGUUACAACGACCCCGCUCUCUCCCUGGCAAAGUUGCAAAGAUCAAAGUCAAGACAGAGGGCUCUGGAGCUCCGUCAUAGUGCAAAGGCAGCUAAAAGCUGUUCAGGAUAUGAUAAUUAUAUUGAUGUUUGUGCUAGUGGAAAAACAGGCUCUGCAACUUCUUCCCCGCACUUGGACCAUUUCGAAGGGUCAGAAUUAGCGAAAGCUUCUAAUAGCAAUAUUCACAGUUGUGCUGCGGAAGACGUAAAAAGAGGUGAGUGUUCGACUCAGAGAAAUGAUCAGUCUAACUAUUCUGGUCGCGUUACGAGAUCUAGAAGCUUAGCACUGAAACCCAACUCGUUGGAUGUGGUUAGUUCUUCCGAAGUGAAAGAAGAUGGUCCUGAGUCUAAUAAUGUGAUCAACCGAUCGGGGCCAGUUGAUGCCCCUUGGUUUUCAAAUGGAAGUUGCGAAGCUAAGGAAACAAAUAAAGGAGAUUAUCAGAGGAGGGAAACAGAAGACAAUGCUUUUAGUAAGAAAGUAACAAGAUCUAGAAGUAAUAGCCAAAAAAAAUGUGAUAACGAAUUGCAGAAGCAUGAAAGUGCCUUGGCUGGCGGCAACGAAGUCGAACCACCAGAUUCUAUGCAACCAGUAGUUAACGGUGGACGGACUUUUUUCAGCGAAACCUGUGAUUAUGAAAUGAAUGUCAGAGGAAAACAACCAAAGAUAGCGGCUGCUGCAGCGACGAACAAGAAAGCAAUGUUAAGAUUAGAAGAUUGCCUGGAAGUUUUUUCCAGGCACCUAAUGAGGAGCUUUGAUGCAUGGUGGUUCUUUAAAGUCAAUCGGGAAACAACAAAAUCACCUCAACCUUCAGUUUCACAGCAUUUACAGCCUCCUGCAAUGCGUGUUGUUAGUUCCUUCCAUUGUGAGAAGGAUCCAGAUUUAUGUGCAGUAGAAGUGAAGACCACUGAAGGAAAAUCAAAGUCUGUCAGCCACAUUUUUGCUGAUAAAAGUUCCAACUCCUCUUCAAGUGAAAAGGAUUGCAAAUUAGAUACAGAAGUUGCAGCAACAGCUUCUUGUGGGAAUACAAGGGCUGCGACUACGUCCAGAACUGAAGGAUCAUUGAGGCAUGUGAAUUCUGCCGAUUUAGAUAGCAGACAUUCUACUUUGAGGAAGUCUUUGCUUGAGAAAUCAUUGCAUGCUGAAACAGUUGUGGCCGAUAAAUCCUUGAAUGCUCGAGAAAAUAUAAUAUCAGGUGUCAAUGUCACUUGUAAUAUUGAUGACAGAGCUGCUGGAACUGUUGCGAAAGAUGCUGUAGAGUUCGAUGUUUUAGUUGAUAAACGUAAAUCUUGUUCAGGGUCGUCCCCUAGAGUUGGAUUGGACGUUUCAGUCUCGAGGCCGCCACCCUCUAAUUUUGUUAUGUCUGUGAAGCCCAAACAACUUGACUUUGAUAAUGUUGAAGAGAGUAUGAAUGGAAUUCCAGGUGCCGAUCUGAAAGCAGGAGGACAGGGCGUGUCGCCUGGUAAAGGAGCUUUGACCAUGUUAGAGCCAGGAUAUUUGGAUGACAAUGUAUCAUCUCUUUUAUGCGAAGAGAAAUGCAACUUUUCCCUGGAUGCGCAAUUGCUGGGGAGUCAGGAAGCUACGGUCAGAGAAGACGGCCCUCAAAUGAGAUCUUGUGAAAGCGAUGCCGAGGAGACUGAUGCAGCCAGGAAAUCGCGAGGCGUCAUGUCAUCCAAGUCACAGUCAUUUGGGGUUCAGAAGCAGUUAUGUCAGCAUGCUCCCAUAGGAAGUCAGAACUUACCUUCCACAACGAAUGGCUUAAUUCCAUCACAAACUGCUUCUCAAAAUUCAUCUGGAAGUUUUCCAAAGGAAGCUGUGGCAUCCAAACUUGUUUUAGAAAACAUUAAUGCGGGAGGUGAUGAAUGCAGUUCUAGAAUAAUGAAGGACACUUGUUCUACAGCAGUUACUGGUAGUGAUCCGCUUGGAAAUGCAGUUCAAACUGUUACCGUUAUUCCAGUUGGGUCUACAGCUGCCAUGGAUGAACCGGACUUUUCUUCGACAAACCGGGACACAGGUUCUGGCGUUUGCUUACAUCAAAAUAACAGCUUAUCGAGGGGGAAGUGGUUCAACGAUGAAAAAGUCGCCGGUUUGUCAAGAAAACUCCGGAUUCCGAAAAAUUCCACAGGGAGUUUUGCCUCUGAUAACCAUUCUUGCCCUCAGCAUAAGAGAAGAAAGAUUGGAAGUCAGGCAGAGAGAUCUCUAACCGCCUCUCCUAGCCAUCUGGAAAAGCAACAUGAGUCUAGUAACCCAAGGCUGGUGAGUGGGAACUUUGACAUUAAAGAAGACGACGGAGAGGCUAGCACAGAAGUUCAAUAUUUGACAUCUCAUCAAGAGGAUAUAGAAAAUUCGCAUGCCAGUGACUACAUAGCAGAAGAAAUGCAAAAUACCGAGGGAUGCCACGUAAUGGAAAGGUCUUCCCUUGAAAUAAUAUCGGACCAGCAGAAAUUUAGCUUGGAUGGAAGGGACACAAGUAGCAAUACUGUUCUUUUUUUCACUUCAAGUGGAUUAGGAGAAUCUUUUGCACCUUGUUUGACUGAACAGGGUUCUAGCAACUCUCACAAUUGUUUGACGGCGAAAAAGGUUGUGACAAAUUCAUGUGGUUUUGGUAUUGGUUCAAGUAAGCAGUGCACCAUGGACAAGAGCCUGGAUGCAAAAGAAAGCAGUUCGGGAAGGAUUUAUCUGGGAGAGACUGCUAUGCUCUUAGAAGGUCCAUCUGUCUCUCAGGGGAUUCAAUGCUCGGAUCUGAUUGAUACAGAUGAAACUGCACCCGAGAUUGAAAGUUUCAUUAUCCAACCAGAUGAGGCGCGGCGAUGCACUGAUGGAGAUCAGAUUGAAUUAGAAAAGUUGAACUUCUCAAGUGAUACAGAUGAAUAUGCCUCCAUUCUGGAGCGCCUUAGUAGUUCUACUUUCGUGCAUUCUCCGUUUUGCUCUUCUUCAAACCCAUAUAGAUUACACAAGAUGCCGGAUAUUUAUCAGUCUUUACCAAAUGGACUUGUCGAGGGCAUGAUGGGUAUAAGGACUUCCCUUCCUGCAAAUGGUGAGAGUGGAAAGUCGUUUUCUGAUUGCCUACCAAAUUGCAAAAAUCAAUCAACGUGGGACAUCAAGAAAGCUUGUGUUUCUCCCAUUCAAACUCUAUGGGAUAAAAUUAAUUCAAAAUAUGGCAGUUCAGGGAAACGAGAAAGUUCGAAACCGGAGCUGCCCUGUAUUGAUGAAGAAAAUGAAGCUGCGGAUGAAAUUGCUAAUACUUUCCAAAAUAGGAUUCGUCCAGAAGGGACGACUGGCUCGAUCAUAAGAGAACCACUUGCGGAAAUUACGGAUGAUGCAAAGCCUUCAUUAGUUUCCCAAGAUGAUAUAUUGGAUGAUGGAUGUGGUCUAGCCAGAGAGUUCAGCUUCUGUGGGACUAGCAAUCAGGAAAAACAGAUACGUGAAAAGAGUAGUGCCUGCAGGAGAAGAUUCACUGGUAAGGGGAAGGAGAACCAGAGUAUAUCGCGAGGAACAAAUCAUGCUAGGAGGACCACUGAAUCGCUUCGCAAUAGAUCCAGUAGGCCAAAGUUAUCUGGCAAAAACAGCAUCAAUAAGGGUCCCGCUUAUCCCGGUGGGAAGUCUUCGUGCAGCAAUAUUGUAUCCAACAUCACAUCCUUCAUUCCUCUUGUACAACAGAAACAAGCAGCAGAAGUUACUACAGGGAAGAGGGACAUUAAAGUUAAAGCCCUUGAGGCUGCUGAGGCCGCAAAGCGUAUGGCAGAAGAAGAGAACGAACGUAAGUUGAAAAAGGAAGCUUUGAGGCUUGAGCGGGAAAGAAUCGAGCAAGACAACCGAAGGCAGCUGGAGCUGCAGAACAGAAAGAAAGAGGAGGAACGAAAGAAACGGGAGGCAGAACUAGCUGCUAAGAAGAGACAGAGGGAGGAGGAGGAAAGAAUCGAGAAAGAAAGAAAAAGAAAGCGGGUUGAGGAAGCAAAACAGAGGGGGGAGGAAGAAAGAAUUGAGAAAGAAAGAAAACGGAAGCGUGUUGAGGAAGCAAAGACGAAGCACCAAGAGCGUGAGAAGUUAGGUGCUAAGAAAGAAGAAAAAGGAACAAAAUGCCGCGAUGCUCUCGAUGGAAAAAAUGAAAGCAAGGAUUGUAUGGAUGGAAGAGAAAAAUGCAAGAACUUGGAAGAUAAUCGAGAAGGCAAAAUGAGAAUUCCAUUGGCGGAAACUUUUACCAGCAAGAACCCAAUGACUGAUGAAACGAAAGAAAGCCUAAAACAUUCUGAAGCCGUGAAUGAUUGUGGUAAUAAAGAAAAGAUAAUAGGCAAUACGAUCAAAGGAACUGGAAAUGACAAUUUGAUUGCCCAAAACACGAUUGAAGAGCAAUCAUAUGACAUUUCUCCAUACAAAGGUUCAGAUGACGAAGACGAAGACGAUGAUGACCGUACAGAUAAUAAUAAAUUUGUCCCUUCAUGGUCAAGUAAACAACGCCUGUACUCGGCAGUUUCUUCCCAGAAAUUGGUAGAUCCAGAAACCAUAUUUCCUCUGCAAAGCUUUUGCAAUAUUUCAGAAGUUCUCCUGCCUCGAAAACUUCAAGGUAAGUAG